UCUCGCUGAGCGCACGGGAGAAGUGCCAGCUCCUGCUCCUUGCCUAAACUCACUUUCUCGACUGUGGGAACAUCUUCCUUCGUCAGCGGGUGCACGGUGCGGGUUCUCCAUCCAAGCUUGCGAAAAAGUGACAGGAGAGGUGCAGAGCAUUAAAAACAGUUUGGAGUGACCAAAGAACGCAGGAGCAAAGGAGGAGAAGAACUAGAAGCGCCCGAGGGGGAGAGAAACGAGUGCCCGGCGGCGGUUAGAAAUGCUCUGCGUGUUUUAUUCUGUGUGCUUUUCUCGCUGUUUCUGGAAAAUGUGGUGCGUAAAAAGCCGCUGAUUGCUUUCAUGUCCGACGCCAUUAGAAGGAGCGGGGACUUUUCUUUAAGUAAACUGUGAAGAGGAGCUGUGAUUCCACAAGGAGAAGAAGGAACUGGGCUCAGAACCGAGAGCGAGUCACCUAGCAGCUACGAACCAUGGUGAAGUUUCAUAACUCGGACCUAUGGAUAGCCUGGAUGGUCAUCUUCUGCAUGGAGGGUUCAAGGUUUGAUCUACACACAGGGAAAGUGUGUGUGCAGGCACUGGACGUGACAGUGUCCCAGAGCAGCAUCCAGGUGGCCCGUGGUCAGGCGGUCGUCCUGCCCUGCUCUUUCACCACCAGCGCUGCCCUCAACAACCUCAACAUCAUCUGGAUGGUGAUACCGCUGUCCAACGCCAACCAGCCAGAACAGGUGAUCAUUUACCAGGGCGGUCAGGUGUUCAGCCUCGCCAACCACCUCAAUGGCCGUGUGGGCUUCGUGGCCACCAUGCCAAGUACAAGUGCCUCCAUCUUCAUCAACAACACCCAGCUGUCCGACACUGGGACCUACCAGUGCCUGGUCAACAACCUCCCAGACAGAGGGGGGCGCAACAUCGGCGUCAUAGGGCUCACUGUGUUGGUGCCCCCAUCUGUGCCAGCGUGUCGAAUCCAGGGCACGCUGGAUGUAGGCAGUGACAUCAUGCUGCUCUGCAGCUCGGAGGAAGGUAUUCCCACGCCAUCCUACUCCUGGGAGAAGCUGGACGCGCUGCCCAGGCUGCCGCACAACGCCAUGCAAGACCAGAUGCAGGGGACUGUCACACUGAGAAACAUCAGCACCAGCACCUCAGGACUCUACCAAUGUACCUCCAGCAACGCUAUAGGCAAGAGUACCUGUCUGCUCAACCUGCAGGUUGUAGCACCUCAGCCUCAGAGUGUGGGUCUGAUAGCAGGGACCAUUGCCACAGGGGUCCUGGCAGUCAUCAUCUGUUCCCUCUUAGUGGUGGUCACACUCUUCUACUGGAAGAACAAGAACAAGUACGAUGAAGAGGAGGUCCCCAACGAGAUCAGAGAGGAUGAUCUCCCCCCGAAGAGGUCUUCAUCAGUGAAGGCUUUCCACGCAGAUGCGUCCUCCUCAGAGAACGACACGUUGACAUCAACCAACACGUACAACAGUCGCUACUGGCACAACCCCAAAACCAACUACGACACCAACUCCUACACUCGCUACAAUGGAGACACACGCCAGACCUUCUCCACUGCUGCCCAUGGCGCUCAUGGACACGGACAGGCCCAGAACGCAGGACACGGCAACCAUACUGUGGUCACAGCACCCGGCUCAGCACCGCUGUCCCGCCAUGUGCAGCCCACGACCGCAACGACGACACCGUUUGCUAACGGCAGCCACACACUCCCACCGCCCAAGACUCUGGUGGUCACGACAAACUCGGCCCCGUCCCCUCCCGCCAUGGUGCGCAGCAACGGCUCGGUGAGCCUCAAACCGGUGGUGGCGUCCACGCACGGGCAGCACACGCACUCCUAUGCCGUGAGUCAGGCCACGCUGGAGCGGAUGGGGGCGGUGCCGGUCAUGGUGCCUGCCCAGAGCAGAGCGGGCUCGCUGGUGUAAAAUCUGAUUUUACAAAACAAAACAAGUUUUUGAUGUUUUGUAAUCCACUGAUGAAAAACAGACUGAAUACGGGCUGAAGCAGCCAACUGCCCUUUACAACUGUGUCUUUCUGUAUGUCCUGACCUUUUUAUCUCAAAUCAAACUGGGAUUUUAAGCACAGAGUUCAUUUGAUGCCAAUUCCUUCAUGUACAGGAACCUCCAUGUUGUGGACAAGCACUACAUGGAAUUUAUCCAUCCCUGUAUUGGAUGGAGUGUUCUGUUGGCUCGCUGGGAACUACUUUUUAACCACAUGGAGAAUUUCACAAAGCUGGAGUGAAUUUUCCUGCAGAGCCUGAAUUCCCAGAUCUUAUUCAGGGCUGGAUCAUUGUGAUGAUGGUGUGUGUGUGGGGGGGGUCUUUCUUUUUUAGAACUCAAACACAAGGCAUUUUCAUCUCAGCGUGUCCACACAGCAUGGUGAGCGUGAAGAGAGCUCAGAUUCUCACAUUAAUGCAUGUGUCCCCUUUGUUUUAGGAUGACAAAAUUAAUCAUGAAUUACUUCUAAUCAUUUCUUCUCAGUUGUUAUUUUGAUUGACAAAAAUGAUAGUGAAUGAAAGUGAAUGUUCAAAUGUGUUUGGAGAAACUAACAGGAUGAAAGUAUACAAAUGAAAUGAUGGUUAUUAACAUGGCCUUUAAAGCUUAGAGAUGGGGGUUUAUUGGGUGCAAUACAUCACAUGCUUUACUUUACUUCAGUGAAUGCAAACAUUUCCAUUUUUGCACUUUUCAGAGUAAUUUUAUAUAAAACUGCUGUCUUAUGAGUUUCAAGCAAUAAGUCUUAUUAAAAUAAUGCUUACACAACACUGAACGCUACUGUCCCCUGGUUUAAACAAUGAACCUGCGGAUGGAUUUUGUUGUCGUCGUCCUCGCUGCGUUCGUCCCCGCUGUUGUCGUCCCUAUCUGGUUCAUGUCACAUCAGGGCUGAUGUAAAAGGUCCCCCCCCCCCCCCCCCCCUUUGUUAGAGGCUAACAUCUACUGUUUUAUACUGUACAUAUGUAACUACAAUGUAACUACAACCGUAGGCUAGAUUGUGAAUCAAAGGAAACACAUGUCUGACUGAUACAUAUUUUACAAAUCAUGUGUCUUAAUUUGAACGGUUCUUUUGGGGUUUGUCAGAGAAGUGUUGUUGGUUUCAUUGAAGGGAUUUUCUUUUUCAUUUUUCUAAUGAGUUCUGCCACUUCAUUACCAGUUCUGGGAUGAAUAAUACAUUACGGUUUAACACUGAUGAUCAGAUGUUUAACUAUUGAUAAUAGAUAUCAAUGCUGUACCUGGUAGAAAGUGUCAUUGUGUUUCUGACCUCCUGUUAUUAUCUUUUAACCAAAUUUCCCAACUGGAAAAAAACUACUAUGAGCUGUAAAAGUGUUAUUAUGAUUAGAAAGAGAGUAAUACAAAUGUAAAUCCGCUAUAGUUUUUUUGGCAUUUAAAUGGUCCAACAUUAACAAAUACAAUGUGAUUGAUGACUUAUGAAUAGUGAAAAUGUUCUUCAUUAUUGCUAUUAUUUCAUCCACACGCUAGUUUUUGAGUAGGAAAGACAUUCAUGCCAUUUAAGCAAUUUCCUAGUUGGUGUAUCAUACAAUCAUGUGUUAACUUAAUUGAAUUUGAAAUAAAGAAAAAUCCAACUUUUAAAUUAGAGUGAGAUGAACUUACACUUCUAGAUGCUACAAACAUUAUCAAACCCAACAAAUAUUUGGAUCGCAAUAAACACCAGCCAAGGCUAAAUUAAAAAGCGGUUGAAUUUUUAUUUCCACAUCAAUGGAGGCAAAAAUAUUGAACUGAGAACCAGUCACAUCUGGUCUUCAAGAACAGAUUGUUGUCAGAUGUGAAGGCCUAUAAAUCUGCAUUAUUUAUUCACUAUAACAUUAGUUACAUCAAUAUGUAACAGUUAAGAUCAACUUCAAACAUGCAUCUUCAUGACCCAGGUCGGACCGUAGCAGCAAACCCACACUCUUACAGAUAUGUUUAUAUCUAUAUUUUAACUUUCACUUUUUUUCCAUCAAAGCUGUCUGCAAAUCAUACACUCACACACACAUAUUGAUUCAUAAACACAGUAGACCUCUACUGAGGAAAUCUACUGAGGUUUUAAAGCCAGAUUCAUUUAACAUCUCAUCUUCUACCCCGGCCAUAGGUGGAAUGUGGUACACAAGGUGGUAUAUGGGUUGUAUAUAUAGAUACACAAUGACCUGUGGUAUAUUGCCAAUAGUAAAAAAUAAAUAACAAUAUGUAAAUAUGUAUAUAAACACAUCUUGUUCUUACUGUUGGUUUGAAAAGAAAUAGGAACAAUAACACUGGAACUUGUAGUGAAUAAAUAUUGUUAAUAAAUUCUA